AUGGAUUGUCCUCAAUUGGAAGCUAAAAAACUUCCAUCAUCAUGUCGGAGCGGUUUUACAAAAGUAUAAAACGCUCGGAAAACAUUUUCAAUCUGAAUAAAUAUAUGUACACAUUCACAUUUACAUGUUUACUUAGAUAUAUUUAGUUUAUUUUUUUUGUACUUUCUUUUUACUAUUUUAAGCAAACAAUAUUACAAUUAUUUAGAAAAUGUGACGUUCUUGGCUACUAAUUUGACUUAUGGCAUUGUACUUCCCUAUCAAUUUUUCAUAAGAACUACUCUUUUGUUCAAUUAAGAGCUAAAACUACCUUAUUAGGUUGGGUAAUAGAGCAAAACAGCUUUUCUAAGGAGGGAAAACAGGGCAGGAUGCCGGUUAUUGUCUCCUUUCUAGAUAUUUACUUCAGUUCCCAUUUACUCCAAAACACUGGAUGUCAAAAUUAGUACACAUCUUGGCUUACUAUUAUCAAUCUUCUUCCGAAAGGGAGCUAACGCUCCAAAUUUCCAAUACCCCUUUGUUCGGUAAACAUCUGACACAAUAGUUUCAUUUCACUACGCAGACGCUUCUUUUAUGAUGUAUCUGUAUAUUUAUCUCGCUGGGGAUCUAGAGUGGCAUAGAUGUUCAGAAUAGGAUGAAAUAAUUAUAAUUUUCCGAGAUACAUACUGCCAAGUCAAAUCAAAUUGAUAUUCAAAAAUACUUUUUGCAUGUGAAAGGGUCAGGUUAGUAUUGCUUUGGAUGUUUGUUUGUUUGGGAUUCUUUUUGUAAAAAAAAACAUAACAUGUUUCGGUAUGCCUUGACCUAGGGACGGGCAGAAACCUAUUUAAUGAAAUACACCCUUAGUGUGGUGUUUUGCAGGUUGGUUCAUAAAGAUUGGAACUAUAUAUAUCCGAAGUGAUGAACAACUCGAAUUCAAGCAACGCAAAAGGUAAGCUUUAUUAUUAUUUUUUUUCAAUCACAUAUCAUUUCAAUGCAAGGACUACGGUUAAGGAACCAAAAUCAAAUUGAUCAUCCUUCCUUCUCUGGAUCUUCACCAGCUAUAAAAUUAUAUUUGAAGGUGAAAGGACAAACAAAAAUAAACUGCCUGUAAAGAACAGUGGCAGGGUUUCCUCAGGUAAGAAGUGAAAAAAAGCCUCUAAAAGAGAGAGUCAUCGCUUCUUCGGUAAUCAUUUUAUGUCGUCCUUCAGUAGCAUUUUGAAAUGGUCUAAUAGUUUCCAGUGGGGCCACAAAAUAUUUACAAAAUUAAAAAAGGAACAAGUCUCCUAGCUUUCGCUGACCCACGGCAUCAGCAGGUAUAGAAAAUAUUCUGUAAUACAACUACAUAAGGAAAAGGUGAGGUGUAAUACAGUGGUAGAAAAUCCUAAUGAACAAAGUAGGUGAAGACAGGAGCAUAGGGAGUGCUGGUAUAUGUGGGAUGUAUGGGAGUAACGUAGAUGAAAUAUUUUGAAUGAUGGUAUAAGAAUGGAAAAGAUAACUAAUUGAAAUAAAAUAAAGCAGUGGUAAAACGAAAAUAGAAUUUGAAGGUACGUAAAGUAGUACUUCUCCAAUUCUGUUUGCCCUAAAUUAGUGUUUGUAAAUAUUCUAUCGAUCUCUAAUAGGUGGUGACUCAGUGGAGUUGUUUAGCAACACAAGCAGAAUUAUUACUACAACAGUUUAUGCGGUAACGAUCAUAUGUGGACUGGUUGGAAAUAGUCUUGGACUUUACUUAGCGUUAAGAAGGAAGGCUGGAAAUCGUGCAACGAAUCUGUUUAUGGCAAAUAUGGCGGCAGCAGACCUACUUGUUACUCUGUUUGCUAUGCCUUAUUCGGUCCUUUUCAUAAAUGUGCGCCAGCAAUGGAUCGGAGGAGUCAUUGGCCAGGUUACAUGCAAGUUUGUCCAUUUUGCUUAUCAAAUUUCAAUACCCGCUUCCAUUUUUACUGUUUUAUUGGUCUCUUUUGAUCGUUAUCUUGCUAUCUGUUACCCUAUGAAGACAAACUUGUUUCGAAAUGGCAAGGUCAUGACAACAGUUAUAUGGAUAUCUUCUGCAGCAUAUGCGAUUCCAUUUAUGAUGGCAAAUGACAUACUCAAAUACAACGAUACUAACUAUUGCCUUCGCAUCUUCACCCCAUUUGACAAUCAGAAGUCGAUACAGAUCUACUAUUUGAUUACUUUCAUUUUACUUUACUGUGAACCUCUGACAAUCCUAUUGGUCUUGUACAGUCUCAUCACACACAGACUCUGGAAGCGAAAAAUUCCAGGUAAUGUCAGUGAGGCCAGAAUUAGAUCAGCUCAGAGGGAAAAGAGAAGGAUUGUAAAGGCUUUGAUUCUAAUUGUGAUGGUGUUUGCAGUCUGCUGGUUUCCAGCUCAUGCUAUGCACUACUUGGUUUAUUAUCGCAAGGAUAUCUAUCGCAGUAUACCACAGGAAGUUGAAAUGUUCUUCUUUUGGCUCUGCCAUGCUAACAGUAUUAUUAAUCCAUGUUUGUAUGUGCUGAUAAGCCCCAGCUACCGCAAAUUUUUACAGGGAAGUUUCGGACGUUUUUGUUCUUGCUGUAGCCAUGCUAAUUUCAACUCUUUAACAAGGCGUAGCACUGGGAUGCUUACUCUCAGUCGAUCGUUCGAUGCUACCAGCAAUACAGUCUUUGGAUUUUCCUUCAAAAUUAAAGACAUAGUGGAGACUCAACUGUAA